AGGCUGGCCCCCGCCCCUGGGCUGGCGUCGCCCGCGUGCAUGCGCCUGCCGCGUGUGGCCUCCUCCUCCUCUUCCUCUGCGCGGCCGGGGCGGGGACAGGACAGGAGGCGCGAUGGCUGUGGGCGAGGCUGAUUUUGAUUUGGGCCCCGUUGACGUGGAGGAGCCCCGCUUCUUCCACGGGCCGCAGCUGCCGCUCUGCGACGCGGAGAGCGAGAGCCUCGGGCAGCUCUGCUGCAGCCGGGCCUACGAUCUCGUCUUCGUGAUCGUGCCCGGCGCCGUUGUGGCCUACCGUGGCAGCGCACUCGUCGAGGCCCAAGUCGCAGGAGCGGCCACCCCAGCGGAGCCGCUGCUUCGAAUAGAAGCCAGCGAGGCCCCUUGGCUGGUUGCUGCCAGCGAGGACGACGGAGACAGCAGAGGGGCGAGUCUCGUCUGCGUGGCCUGCGGCAGCCGCCUGUCGUUCUAUUCGCUGGAGUCUGCCGCCAGCGGCAAGGAGGAGCUGGUCUACACGACCAACCUGGGCGAGGGCCAGGACGUGACGGAGGUGUGCUGGCGGGGCCAGGUCCUGCUGUGCGUCUGCUCGUCUGGCCGCGUCGAAAUGGCAGAACCCUGGCGCGGCCGCUGCCUCUGCGUCCACGAGGUGGUGGACUUCGAGGCGAAGUGCCUCGGGGCCAUCGAGGGCUCCGACCUGGUCCUCCUCGGCGGCGAGAGCUGCGUGUGGGCACUCGACACGGGCACCUCGGAGGCGUGGGCCGUGCACCUCGAGGGCCUGCCAGCUGAGUUCGAGGACCUGCCCGAGGCCUGGCUGCGCGGCGUGCGCCUCGUCCGCAGGAGCGGCGGCGGCGGCGGCGACGUGGUCGAGGCCAUGUGCAUGUUCGUGAGCGACAGCGAGGACGGAUCAUGCAAGACGACCCAUGCAGUGCUGGAGAUGUCCGGGGACUUCAGGACGGCAACAGUCAGGGCCGCGGCGGAGCAGAUGGUGUUCCUGGAGGAGCACCUCGAGCACAUGGUUGCCCACUCUGUCUGGGUGCCGGACUGGUCUUUGCUUCUCAUGGGGUGUUCAGGCAGCUCGGACAUAGCGCUCUUCAGCUGCCAUCCCUCGAGUCUUGAGCGGUUCGGCAAAGCCAGCGGCUGGGUGGCCCUGGCGCCGCCCGAAGGCAAGCAGCUCGGGUGCCCCGCCGCCGUCACAAUGGACUCCACCACCGAGCUGCGCGGCCUUUGCUUUCUGACGUCGUUCCGCGGGGACGUCGCCUGCAAGGGGCUGCCAGCAGACACUCCCACGUUGCCGUCGCCGCCGGUGGUGCUCCUGGCCGCUUCGGACGGCACCGUCAGCCUCCAUUUUUGUGACUACUCGUUGGGUCGCCCGGUCGAGCCCGCAAGACCGAGCGCCGGCGUCCACACCGCCAAGGAGGCUGCUGAAACCAGGGCCGUCGUUUCGCCGUUCGCGGCCGCAGGCUCGGCGGCCUCGCCCUUCGGCGCUCCCGCUGCCGGGGCUGGUGCCGCCUCGCCCUUCGCGGCAACGGGCCCGGCGGUCUCGCCCUUCGGCGCUCCCGCUGCUGCAGCUGGCGCCGCCUCGCCCUUCGCCACGUCCGCGGGACCGCCAGCGUCUCCCUUCGGGCCCCCCACGUCGGGCACGGGCUCCGCCGCGCCGCUGGCCGCCUCGAGCCUGGCCGGGACGCCGUUCGGGGCCUCAGCGGCCGCAGCCUGCAGCAGCUCGCCCUUCGCCGCGCCCGCGGGGCCGCCGGCAUCCCCCUUCGGGGCCCCGUCCUCUGGCGCGGGCGCCGCCGCCCCUCUGGCAGCAGCGAGCCUGGUCGGGUCACCGUUCGAGGCCGCAUCUGCGGGCACGGGGCCAGGCGCGAUGUUUGGGCUCUCCAGUACCGCGUCGUCGCCCUUCACGGCGGCGUCCAGCGGCUCGGCGAGCUCGGGGCAGUCGUCGGGGCUGGGGUACGCAACCACGGCGGACUCCCCCUUCAAGCCGGUUAGCGCCAGCUUUGGCUGUGGCCUCUUCAGUGGAGAGCAGAGCUCUGGCGGGGGCCUGGGCAUGACGACGUCUGCGCAGAGCGCUGGCGGCCCUUUCGCCAGCAGACCGGUCGUCGGCUCGAAUGGCAUGGCAGCGUCGCCGAGCUCUGGUGCGUCCACGUCUGUGUCCACGCCAGCAGCUGCAGCUGGGCCGUCCGCGCCAACGGCAGUGGACAAGGCGCAGGGGUACAAGGACAGGAUCGUCGCCGUCUACGAGGAACACAACCCGCAGAAGGUCGGCGAGGUGGACACACUGCUGGCAAAGUACAAGGGCCAAGAGUACGUACUCUACCAGAAAAUCUGCAAGAAAUAUAAUGUGCCUGCUCAGCCUGAGAUACAGAGCGCAUCAGGCCUUUUCGGCAGCUCGCAGAGCUCCCGCGGCGGCCUGUCAGGCAGCGCCCUCGCGCAGGGCUCUGGCGGCGGCCUCUUCGGUGCCAGCGUAGGGCCGAGCGCGGAGGGAAGCCUCUUCGGAUCCGGCGCGGCACAGAGCAGCGGCAGCGGCGGCCUCUUCGGCGCUGGCGCGGCGCAGAGCAGCGGCGGCGGCAUGUUCGCCAGCGACCCCUCGAAGAGCUCUGUCGGCGGCAUUUUCGGUACCAGCACAGGGCCAAGCGCGGGAGGAGGCCUCUUCGGAUCCAGCGCGGCACAGAGCAGCGGCAGCGGCGGCCUCUUCGGCACUGGCGCGGCGCAGAGCAGCGGCGGCGGCAUGCUCGGAAGCAAGCUCGAACACAGCUCCAACGGCGGCCUUUUCGGUGCCAGCACUGGGCAGAGCACGGGAGGAAGCCUCUUUGGGUCUGGCGCAGCACAAAGCAGCGGCAGCGGCAGCCUCUUCGGCGCAGCGCAGAGCAGCGGCGGCGGCAUGUUCGGCAGCGAGCCCGCGCAGAGCUCCAGCGGCGGCCUCUUCAGCUCCAGCACAGGGCUUGGGCCAAGCACGGGAGGAAGCCUCUUUGGGUCUGGCGCAGCGCAGAGCAGCGGCAGCGGCAGCCUCUUCGGCGUUGGCGCGGCGCAGAGCAGCGGUGGCCUUUUCGGCGGGGGCGGGAGUUCAAGCGGCGGUCUGGGGUUGUCGACGUCGUCGCAGAGCUCUGGCGCUGGCCUGUCAGGCAGCGAGCCCGCGCAGAGCUCCAGCGGCGGCCUCUUCGGCAGUGGCCCUGGCGGUGGACUUUUCAGCUCCAGCACAGAGCCGAACGCGGGAGGAGGCCUCUUCGGAUCCAGCGCGGCACAGAGCAGCGGCAGCGGCGGCCUCUUCGGCACUGGCGCGGCGCAGAGCAGCGGCGGCGGCAUGUUCGGCAGCGAGCCCGCGCAGAGCUCCAGCGGCGGCCUCUUCAGCUCCAGCACAGGGCUUGGGCCAAGCGCGGGAGGAAGCCUCUUUGGAUCCGGCGCAGCGCAGAGCAGCGGCAGCGGCAGCCUCUUCGGCGUUGGCGCGGCGCAGAGCAGCGGUGGCCUUUUCGGCGGGGGCGGGAGUUCAAGCGGCGGUCUGGGGUUGUCGACGUCGUCGCAGAGCUCUGGCGCUGGCCUGUCAGGCAGCGAGCCCGCGCAGAGCUCCAGCGGCGGCCUCUUCGGCAGUGGCCCUGGCGGUGGAUUUUUCAGCUCCAGCACAGAGCCGAACGCGGGAGGAGGCCUCUUCGGAUCCAGCGCGGCACAGGGCAGCGGCAGCGGCGGCCUCUUCGGCACUGGCGCGGCGCAGAGCAGCGGCGGCCUCUUCGGCGGAGUGCAGAGCGCAAGCGGGAGCUUGAGCAUGCCGGCGUCGUCGCAGAGCUUUGGCGGCCUUUUUGCCGACGCGGCGGUCGGGUCGAGUAACGCGUCGGCGUCGCAGAGUUCUGGCGCGUUUGAGUCUGCGUCCGCAUCCGGUCCUGUAGCAAAGGCAAUAGACAAAGUUCAGGGGUAUAAGGACAGGAUCGUCGCAAUCUACGAGGAGCACAACCCGCAGAAGGUCGGCGAGGUAGACGCCCUGAUGACAAAGUAUAAGGGCCAGGAGUACAUGCUCUACCAGAAAAUCUGCAAGAAAUAUAAUGUGCCUGCCCAGCCUGAGAUACAGAGCGCAGCAUCAACCAGCGGCCUCUUCAGCUCCAGCACAGGGUCAAGCGCCGGAGGAGGCCUCGUCGGAUCCAGCGCGCCACAGAGCAGCUGCAGCAGCAGCUUCUUAGGCGCUGGCGGGGCGCAGAGCAGCGGCGGCAGCAUGUUCGGCGGGGACCGGAGCUCCAGCGGGGGCCUGGGCAUGUCAACGUCGUCGCAGGUCUCUGGCGGCGGCAUGUCAGGCAGCGGCACAGCACCUAGUAUCAGCAUGGGGACCGCGGCCUCGGCCAGCCUGACGCCGACGGUGCCCGCGCGGGCGAGUUCCGCCGGCCCGCCCACGGAAAGCGACGCCGAGAAGCUGCUGCAGGCCUUCAGGGCAUCUGGGCAGCCUGGCGAAGUGACCGCAAAGCACCUGAAAGAGUUCGAGGACGCCCUGCAGAAGCUGGAGAAAGCCACGUGCGGCCACGUCGACAAGGGCCUGGUCUCGGGCCUGGUCAAGGAUCUAGGCGGCAUUGCGGCCAAGAGCGCGGACACGGAGAAGCGCAUCUGCGACCUGGACGUACCCGGGCGAGCCCAGAUUCUGGCCACGCUCUCGGAGAUGCAGGCCGGUACGGUGCAGCACUACUGCAGCAUCAUGAGCGGAUCGCAGAGCGCCCUUGGCCAGUCGAGCAGAGCCUUGCAGUCCAUAGAGGACAGCUGCAAAGCCCUGGAGGCGAAGAUGGCAUCGCUCGAGAAGGAUAUGAUCGACAAGCUUGGAGGCAAGGUCGACUGGGGCGCCCUGGGCGGGGUGUUCAGCCAACCGCCCACCGGCACGGCGCCCGCCGCGGGCACCUCUGACGACGCGCCCAGGCCGGCAGAGGGCCCGAGCUCCCUGGUGCCGAUGGGCCGCACCACGCACGACCGCGGCGCCGGGGGCAGGGCGGCGCCCUGCAGGACGGCCAGGGCGACGGGCCCCGCCUGGAACCGGCUGCCCCCCAACCCGCUCCGGAGCGGCUCGGGCCGCAAGGCGCUGCUGCGCGAUGCCGCGCUGGAGAAGGGCAGGCCGUUGGCCGCGACGGCCGGCGCGAUGCCGCCGCUGGUGCCCCCCGGGGCGGGCCAGGACGAGGGCAGGUCCCUCUGGUUCUACCAGCGCCAGGCGCAGCAGGAGCGCGACCGCACGCAGGAGCUCCGCGAGCGCCUGCUGGCCCUCUCGCAGCGCUCCCACGACGUGGAGUCUUCCCUGCGCUCGGCCCCGGGCCCAGCGGAGCCCGCGUCGCCCCCCGCCUGCGCUGCGCCAGUGCAGAAGCUGCGCAAGUCGCUGUACACGCAGCUGAGGGCGCACGCCGCCGCGCAGCCCCGGCGCCGGGCGAAGCGAUCGGACCACCUCGCCCUGGACCGAGGGGCGUUUGAGGGCCUGGCGCGACCGCCGACGGAGAUAGACACCCCGACGUUCGGCAACCGUCGGAACGAGGGGACCUUCGGCCCCCCGUCGGCCGAGAAGGCCAGGCCGAGGCAGCCAGGCGGCGAGGCGGACGGGGCGUUGAUGCCCCCGCCGAGCACGGUGCCCGGCAGGAGACCCCGCGAAGUUGGCCUUCAGGCCCCGCCCGCGGCCUUGAACGCGCCCGCGCUGGCGGCGGCGGCCUCGCCGGACACGCAGCGCGGGCGCCCCGUCUUCGGCGCGGGAAGCGCCGCGGGGCCGCGCGCCGCGCCGCCAGGGGCGGCCGCGGCGCGGCAGCCCAGCCAGACCCCGAGCCUGGCUGGCUCCGAGUCGGAGGUUGCCGGCUUCUUCCCGCCGAAAGCCGCGGCCGCGGGUGCCGCGGGGCUGUUCGGCGGUGGCGCGCCCGCGGUCGGUACUUCGGCGGCCCCGGGGCUGGUCGGCCUGGAGCCGGCCACGGCCACGAGGAAGCGGGAGGAGCCCGACGCCGUGCCGGCGGGGGGAGCUGCGGCACAGACAGCUCCGGCGGCGCCAGCCGCAGUGGACAAGGUUCAGGGGUACAAGGACAGGAUCGCCGCAAUCUACCAGCAGCACAAUCCGCAGAAGGUCGGGGAGGUGGACGCCCUGAUGACGAAGUACAGAGGCCAGGAGUACGUGCUCUACCAGAAGAUCUGCAAGAAGUACAGCGUGCCCGCAGAGCCUGAGAUACUGGACGCAGCAGCAGCUGGGGCCUCUGGCCUGCUCGGUGCCCCUCAGAGCGGGGCCGGAGGCCUCUUCGGAGGCUCGCAGGGCGGCGGCCUCUUCGCAUCCACGGCGGGCGCAGCGAGUGCACUCGCAGCCCCGCAGUCUGCGGGUGGCCUCUUCGGCGCACCGCAGAGCUCCGGAGGCAGCAGCAGCAGCGCAGCCCAAGGUGGCCUCUUUGGCGGCGGGCAGAGUUCCAGCGGUGGCCUGGGCAUGUCGGCAUCGUCGCAGAGCUCUGGCGGACUCUUCGCCAGCGCGGCUGUCAGCUCGAGUGGCGCAGCAGCGCCGCAUGGCUUCGGGGCGUCAGCGUCUACGUCCGCACCAGCAGUGGACCCGGUGCAGGGGUACAAGGACAGGAUCGUCGCAAUCUACCAGCAGCACAACCCGCAGAAGGUCGGGGAGGUGGACGCCCUGAUGACGAAGUACAGAGGCCAGGAGUACGUGCUCUACCAGAAGAUCUGCAAGAAGUACAGCGUGCCUCCUCAGCCUGAGAUACAGAGCGCAGCAGCAGCCGCAGGCGCUGGCUUGUUCGGCGCCCCUCAGGGCGGGGCCGGAGGCCUCUUCGGAGGCUCGCAGGGCGGCGGCCUCUUCGGAUCCACGGCGGGCGCGCCCGCAGCGCCGCAGUCCUCGGGCGGCCUGUUCGGAGGCGGCGCAGCGCAGAGCUCCGGCGGCGGCCUCUUCGGCGGCGCCCCCGCGCAGAGCUCCGGCGGCGGUCUCUUCGGCGGCGCCCCAGCUCAGAGCUCUGGCGGCGGUCUCUUCGGAGCAGCGCCGAGCGCUGGAGGGGGCCUCUUCGGAGGUGGCGCUGCGCCCGCGCAGAGCUCCGGCGGCGGCCUCUUCGGCGGCGCCCCCGCGCAGAGCUCUGGCGGCGGCCUCUUCGGGGCGGAGGCGAGCGCUGGCAGCCCGUUCGGAGGGGGGGCGCCGAGCGCCGCCUUCGGCGUCGCGCAUGCCAGCCCUUUCGGCGGUCAGGCUGCCGUGCCUGGCAUGGGCGCGGCCGUGGGGGAUAAGGCCGCCGAAUGCAGGCAGCGGAUCACCGCCAUCUACCAGCAGUACAACCCGACGAAGCUGGGCGAAAUCGAGAACCUGCUCGUGAAGUACCGGGCCAAGG